AUUUAUAAACAAUUAAAACCACUUCCAACCAUUGACAAACAAGAACAGUCAAAUUUACUGUAUUAUAUUGGUAGCUAAAUUAUCUUAUCUAUAAAAAUUAAAUAUUUAACAUCAUAAAAUUAGUUGUUUCUUACUGCGUUUUCAUAAACAUAACAUAGUUUACCAUGGACCAGACACAGACAAAUUUAGGAAAUGGACAGCCACCGUUUUGGAAACAGCGCCGGAACUUGGUUGCAUUCCUGGCAUUUCUAGGUUUUGUCAACGUUUACACUCUUCGAGUGAAUUUAAGUGUAGGAAUCGUAGCCAUGACAUCAUCCUCGGAUACAAAGUCAAGCGAAUUUGACGAUUGGAGUCCAAAAUUACGAGGCGUUAUUUUAAGUUCGUUCUUUUACGGAUACAUCUGUACACAAAUGAUUGGAGGUCUACUUGGCGUGAAGUUUGGAGGCGUGAAAGUGAUCGGUUUUGGAAUCUUAAGCACAGCAGUUCUCACCAUAUUUACGCCCAUGAUUGUCAGAUAUUCAGUUUAUCUUCUAAUAGUUUUCAGAGUCAUCGAGGGAUUUUUAGAAGGAGUCGUUUACCCUAGUAAUCUUGCUGUGUGGUCGAGAUGGGCCCCGCCUGCCGAAUACACUAGGUUGACGUUAUUUGCUUUCUCCGGCGCUUAUACGGGCACGGUAAUUGGAUAUCCACUGUGUGGAUGGUUAGCCGAAAAUUAUGGUUGGCCUUCUACAUUUUAUGUACCCGGGCUUAUCGCUGUAAUAUGGUGUGUCGUUUGGCUUAUGUGCAUCAGUGAAUCUCCAGUAGAAGAUAAACACAUAAGUAAAGAAGAACUUAGAUACAUUAUCGAUUCAAUUGGUCCGACGGAUGACAAUAAAAUUAAUAUUUCAAGUUAUCCCUGGAAAGAUAUAUUUACGUCCAUGCCAGUGUGGUCAAUAGCGUGCGCCCAUUUUUGUGAGAAUUGGGGAUUUUACACGUUAUUUACUCAAUUACCAACCUUCAUGAAUGAUGUAAUGAAAUUUGGUAUUGAAAAAGGAAGUUUUCUGUCAGCAAUACCAUACCUUGUCAUGUCUAUUACUUGUCCAUUAAGUGGAUUCUUUGUCGACUGGCUUAGGAAAAAAAAAAUAUUUACAACUACACAGAUUAGAAAGCUAUUCAACUGUAGCGCUUUUAUAAGCCAAACUAUCUUCAUGUAUUUAGCUGCAAAUUCCACCACUAAAAUUGGAUUUUUAAUUAAUUUAACACUUGCUGUUGGGCUUGGUGCAUUUGCUUGGAGUGGAUUCAGCGUUAACCCUUUGGAUAUAGCACCCCAAUAUGCCAGCAUUUUACUGGCAAUUUCCAACACAUGUGCAACUAUACCUGGUAUUGUAAGCCCUAUGCUAACUGGAUUUAUUAUAAAAAAUAAAAGUGCAGACGAAUGGCAAUGGUUGUUUUUAAUUACUAGUGGCAUAUAUUUAUUUGGGGCAAUAUUUUAUGCAAUAUUUGCUUCAGGAGAACAACAGUCAUGGGCUACACUUAAAACUGAAAAAUAAUUAGUGCUAAAAUAAAACUUAAAUAUAUUUGAUAAUAUUAUUUGUUUCUAUAA